ACCUACAGCUUUGUCACUGUAAAUAAAGCCAAGUUAGUUGGCCUGGCUUUGUUUUCCUACAGCUGUGGGAUUUCAACAUAUGGACUGUUAAAAAAACAACUUCCUGGACUUCCCGUUUUGAACAGUUUUGACGUGUUGUUUUCUUUUUUUUUUUUCUUUUUUAAACGUACUCCUCUCAGCUCACAGCCAUGUUCCAGUCGACUUUUAAGAAUUUUAACUUCAACUUCAACUCUUCCAAUGAGGGGAACACGGUGUCCAGCGGAGACCUGUUAACGGGACACAUCUCCUUCGACCUGACGAAGCCGACGAAGAUCCGCUCCAUUACCAUGUCGCUGACCGGGGGCGUGAGGGUCUACUGGUCCACCGGAUCCGGGAAGAACCGGAGAAGCCACAGCGCCAGGCUCACCUUCUUCGACCUGAAGACCGUCCUGCAGCAGGACCAGGACGAAGCCGUGGAGAGACCCGAACUUUCGCCUGGCACACACAUGUACCCCUUCUCCUGUCAGAUCCCACAGGGCGACUUCCCGCCAACCUUUAAUGGGGCUCAUGGACAAGUAAUCUACGUCUUGACAGUGGGCAUCAACAGACCCUGGCACAUGGCCAAAACAUUUCAGACCGACCUGAACUUUGUCAGUCGCGUUGAUACCAGCCAGCCAGAUCUGCCGCUUCCCCUUUCAGGCUCGAACAGAGCGAAAACGUGCAACCUGUGGUGCACCUCUGGCGAGGUCACGCUUGCAGCAAGGACAGAGAAGAAGGCGUUCAUCCCUGGCGAAACUGCAAAGAUUAUCUGCGAUUUCAGCAAUGGCUCCUCUAAAACAGCAACUCUGAAGGUGAAGCUGCAGCAGCAACAGACGUAUUAUACACACAACAGAGUCUCCAGGAGGACGGUUUUUAAAGAGCUGGCGUCAGAGGUUGGAGACCCGGUCGCACCGUACACCUCUGACCAACACGCCGAGGUCAUGAUCACGAUCCCGUCCCCCUUGACGAUGAGCAUCACCAACUGCAGCAUCCUGGAGCUGGAGUACCUCAUCCAGGUGAGCCUCUGUGUGAAACCCUGCACUGACGUCAUGGUGCUGUUUCCCAUCGUCUUGUGUGACACUCCCGUUGAAGCUCGGUUCCCGUUUUAACUGAAGACAACUCUAUAAAAUUCAGAGGUAGAAACUUGGAUGCGCCCCUCAGUGUUUCUUAUUUUCGCUCUUAAUGUUUACAGCUGAAUGCAGGUUUUAUAUUGAAAGUUUCUUGUAUUGUUUUUGACAAUCUUGAGUCUGUAUUUGUCUCGUUGCGUUUCACUGGAAGUGUUUGCCUGCUCUCAGGUGUUUUAAUACCACUGCUAUGCUGCAGGCAUACCACAGACCUGCCUGUCCUGAAUCUGGUGGUUGGGAAAAAAAACAAAACAAACAAACCUGUGACUACUCUUAGGGGUGUGACGAGACGAGAUGAGAGUUCCUCUUUACUUUUAAGAAAACUAAAGUGACAGAAUGUAUGACUGGAAAAACAGACCUUUUUUUUAUUUAACGGUCACAUAACAAUACAGGUGCAUUUUGAGCACAGCUCUAAUGAAGGGACAAAUCCAAGUGGAGGCAGGUGUCUCUCUGGAGGGACAUGCUAUGAGGGCUGAAUCGAGGACAUGUUUAAAACAAAAGAGUUGGAACUCGUUGCUGAAAAUGAAUCCUCAAAAAUCCCCGUGGAGACAUGGAACAAGCAACUCAGUAAUUAUAAAAAGAGUCUGAUUGCUGCACUAGUUAAUGAAUCUGUUGAUUACUGAGGAGGAUGUGAAUAAUUUUGGACAUGCCACUUUUUGUUCAAAUGUAAAUAAAAGCAUAGAAUUUUUUUUUUUUUCCCACAAUGGUGGAAUGUGAGGAAUAUACCGGUGUCAUAGGUGUGUAUAGACAAAAUGAGCUGUGUUUGACCAGCUGGUUUUUAUUCUCAUUGUAGAAUGUAAGCCAAAGACCGACUGAUUGGUUGAAGGUGCCUUAAAAGCAACACACUGCCACUAUACAAGCUUUAAUUCAGGACAAUCAUACAAUGACCAUAGUCAAGUGUAAUCACUUAUUUGUGCAUUUAACACACUGAUACAGGACUCCCUGCAUCAUAAUGCUGCCUUCAAGCCAUAAUAUCCUUGUUACGCCAUAAAAUAGAUGUUUUUUAUUAACAAUAUGACUAAAACUGUGGAUAGUGAAGUAAUAUAAAGUACUGGCAUUAUGCUGCAUUCAGGCCUUAUUAAAGUUACUAUUUCUUGUCGUUACGGUUUGAUAUUUUCGGUGUGUGUGUGUUGAAUCCAAGAGUUAAUUCGUGUAAGUAAAGUAAACCAUAGAGCUAAAUGUUGAGCUGAGCGAGUUCAGUGUGCUACCCAAACUACCCUUUGUUCUCUUCAGCAGGGAAAAUACUGCAAACAUUAGCCUUAAUUGAAUCUUCCAGCCUAAUUAUGUCUCAUUGAAAACACCAUCAGCCUCAUUUCCUGGAGGAAGGUUACCGUUUCUUUGUUCUGCUAGCACUCGUUUAAAGACGGCACUUAUGUUAAUAUUCACUUAUCUCCGAUGGUGUCUUUGAGUUGAGAACCGCUGAGAGCAGCGAUACGCCUUCAUUUUUUCUUAAGAGACUUUUUUUUUUAAAGUUUUUUUUAUUGUGAUGUUACAUUAUUGGUCUGCGUCUUUUAUAUUGUACAUAUAUUUAUUAUAUUUAAUGUAUUGUAUCAUAAUGGAACAUAUAUCCAGAGUGUAUGACUUGCACUUUAUAGGGUAGAUUGAGUGUGUGGACAUUAUAUAAAGUCGCUACUCUGCCUGGAAACCUGAAUGUUAGAAGAAAGUCACAAAUAAAGUGAA